AUUCGGCUGAUCGUCCCGAUUUACGCACAGGUGCACGUGUGUGGCGUUUGCCUAGUCUGGCCACCGGGACCAAUGAGGAAGAGGCGGAACGGGAAUUGGGUUUAGCCACAACCGGGUCAGAUGAGCGUGGUACAUCUCAAUCGAAUACGUUGGACUAUGUGACCACAUUGCCUCUGGACGGAUUCGCGCAUAUUCGCAAGUGUGUUCAUCUCGGUUUUUGUUCUUGCACGUUUCUGGUUAUUUUUAUUAAUAUGAAUAAUUUUACUGUUUAUCCUAAUAAUGAUAACGUUGUAUUUCCUUCUCGAUAUACACGGUCUUUAUUUGUUACCGGAGGGGACUAA